AUGGGGGAUACAUCUAUUUCUAUUUCUUCUGUUGAUGAGAACGAUAAAGCCAACAGCAAUGGUCAUGGCAAUGAGAAGGAAACAUUAGCAGGGAAACGAACGCAUGAUGACAGGCCUACGAAGUUCACUCGUUGUCGGACGGGGUGUUUGCGGUGUAGGACUAGGAGGAGAAAGUGCGAUGAAACGAAGCCCCGGUGUCGGAACUGUAUCGAGAAGAAUCUGGUUUGUCGCUAUGGGGUACAGGUGACGUUUUUACCGAAGAAUACCUUCACCGUUGCGGAGGGGGAGCUGUGCACGAGUACGAAUACGAAGUCGAUAGGGACCGGAGAGAAGGUUGUGCGAAGACAAGAGCGUUCGAGGAAGGGACGGUGGCGGUGGGUUAAGUUUGUGAAUGAAGAUCCAACGGUGGGUGGGGGUGAUGCUGUAGAUGAUGAUAGUUUAAGUGAUUACGCGAGGGCCUCAGGAGAUGAGACUGUGAUGGCUCCAUCUAGACCUAGUUCUGAGGCUGAUAAAGGUGAUGGCCUGCAUGGCUCUCCUGACAUGCCCACUUCAUUGUUUGGCAAUGCGGCCUUCAGCGACAGGGACAAAUCUGCCGUUCAUGGGCUUCUUGCAUUGGGGACAGGCGAUGGUGUCAAUAACCAUAGGGGUGCUCCAGAUGAAGGAUGUGAGAAGACGAGUUCUGAACUUGUCUCGUCAGAGUUAGUGCCUAGGACUCCUGUCGUGCUGAAGCACGCCCCCGGUGUAGUGGGUGCUUCCGAGGGGCUGCCUUCGAGCAUAAGUGCCAAGUCAUUGACAGAUACGGCAAAGCUGAAGCUUUUAUGUCAUUAUCGCUACCAUGUAGCACCAUGGCUUGAUGUUUGCGAUCUCAGUCAUCCAUUCGGAAUCACUGCUGUUCAGAUGGCACUCAGCUCGGAACCGCUCAUGACAGCUCUGCUGGAUCUCUCCAAUGCCUGCGUUAUACAGAAGGACAUGAGGCAUCGGCGAAUGCCUCGUUAUAGCCAUGCAGAUCUGUGCACCAAUCCACUGUGGUCAAACUCUAGCUCCACGUUCACUGUCGAAAAUGCUUUGACGACGGUGCUAGAAGAGACAAGAUGGCUUGUCGCCGAUAUCGCUCAGACUUGGAAGAACGUACAGAACUUCAAAUCUCGUAAGUUCGAGUCAUUGGCUCAUCAAGCACUGGAUUCGGGUAUCGCAUCCUCUAUCUACUGGAUGUUCUUCCGCUUAGACCUGAGUGCAGCGCUCGCAAACGACAGACCAAUCCAGAUACAACUUCCGAUGUUCCCAGUACCUAGUUUACUGAUCUUGUCGAGCAUAGAGGAGGUCCGGCAAAGGACUCGAGCGUAUGCCCAUGUCCUCCUCUGGCUAUGUGGAAAAGCUUUGCGAGUAUAUCACCAGCAGUCCAGCUCCGACCAAUUUGCAGCUCCACAGCAACAGCUGGAUAGCUGGCUCGAUGUAUUUGACGCGAUUGAGCAGUGGUACCAUCUGCGGCCACACGAAUUCCAACCGAUGGUGGAUUUGGGUAUUGACGAUCAACUCCCCCGGGCCGAAAGUGGCUUUCCGCUGCUACUGUUCGCAAACGGGACGGGUGCCUUUAGCAAUCAGUUGUACCAUACUGCCAUGCUGCUUUUGCUGCAGUGUAAGCCACGCACAGCGCUAUUAGGCUUGCAAUCAAUAACUCUGUCGCCGCUGUGGCAUUCGCAGUGUAUCUGUGGCAUUGCACUGAAUAAUGACCGCCGGGAAUCCUGGGACCCCUGCCUGAUAGCCUCAUUCCUGGUGGCUGCCAGAAGAAUGACACAUGAAUCCCAGCAACAGGAAAUCUUGGAAGGCUUUGAACGCGUGCGUGAUAUCACGGGGUGGGAUUUGGGUGAUUAUAUGACGCAACUUCGAGAGGAUUGGUCAUUCCUGGAUGGUUUUUAG